AGAAUAGCAAUGUUAUGCUUUCCACCGCUUGGACACAGCUCCUUGUACAUACGUGGCGUGCUGUGGCAGUGUUGUACGAAAGUUGCCAAGGAGCGCUCACUGGAGCUCAACGUCUCAGCCAAGACAGCUUUGCCCUGUAUGAUUGGUUUGCAGGUGGUGAAUACGACUGUGGCAGAGCUACAAGCCACUGUGGGACACGUGGAGUCGUGGAAUGCAAUCAUGAUGCUGCGUUUAUAAAACAUGCCAUGUCCAGCUGGCUUCUUCUCCAAUGCUAUUUUAUUCUACAUUAGACACGACAUCAUCCUGAUUACUAGCAACUUUGCAUUUCUCCACAUUCAAGCAAUAUGAGCGGACACAACUACGGCAAUGACUACGGGCGUCAGGGAGACUACCAACGUCCCCAAGACGACAACUCGCCGGGUGGUGCGGGGCUCGCUGGCGACUAUUACAAUAACGCACCAGGCGGAUAUCAGCAGCACCAAGGCUCGCAGUACGGUCAGAACCCCCAAGGCUACCCUCCCCGUGGUGACGACCGGCGGGAUGACAGACGUGACGAUCGCCGGGAGGAUCACCGGGACCGCCGUGACGACAACGACGGUCCCGACGGCGAGCGCGGCGUAAUGGGCGCCCUCGCCGGCGCUGCGGCCGGAGGCUUCGGAGGAGCCAAACUCGGCGGCAAGGCGACGGGCCACAGCAAGACGAGUGCCGUCGUCGGUGCUCUCGCCGGUGCCUUUGCCGGCCACAAGCUGCAGGAUGCGGCGUCCGACUGGAAGGACGACCGAGACGACAAGAAGGACGAGGAGAAGCGGAGGAAGGACGAGGAGAAGCGCAGAGACGACGACCACGACCGCCCUCACCGCCGCCGCAACAGUCGCUCUCGCAGUCGCUCUCGCAGUCGCUCCAGCAGCCGUUCCAGCCGCUCGUCGCAUCGUCGUCGCCGUGAUUCUCGGUCUCGCGGCGGUGGUCGCUAUGCCGGCCACUUCACCGCCUCUUCCCGCGACAUCGACCUGGACGACCGCGGCGACUACAACCUCCGCGCAUCGUGCGAGCGACACGACGGGUCCCACCAGUCCAGCACCAUCAGCCUGAACCACAUUCUCGAGAACGACAACGGCAGCUUCCGUUGGUCGUCCGGCGGCGGCCACGGCCACAGCCGCCCCAACACCGUCACGGUGCAGCAGGGCGACACGCUCCGCAGCAUCGCGGCCAACUUCGGCUGCUCGUUCGAGGAGAUCGCCCGCCACAACGGCAUCAACAACCCUGACUUGAUCUACCCGGGCCAUGUCCUCCAGGUCCCUGGCGGCGGCGGUAGCCACAGCGGCGGUGGAGGUAACUUUGGGUCGUCUGCCCGACAUGUCCGUCUUGUUGACGGCGGGUCGAAGCUCGAGGCUGAGCUGCGUCGUGAGAACGGGGAGUGGGUGAGGAGCUCGAUUGUCUUGGAUGAGAGAAUCAAGAAUGACAACGGCACUCUGCGACUUAUUUAAAAUGGAGAUGGUGUGGUCAACGCCUUGGGUCCGAUGGGAGUCUUAAAUUGCAUAGCCUAGUUUCCAAUCUGUUUGAGCCAACUGUACUUCGUCCCGUGCUCCGUUGUCGGAUAUCGAAGACAAAACGUGCCUAGAAAAUUCCUAUUCUUCUCGCCGC